AUGCCGGAAACGACGAAUCCAUCAAAGCACCGUCGAAGAGGACCGGAAAAAUCGUUCUCGGCGGCGGAACAGCGUCGCCUUUUGAACCGGCGACACGACCAGGCGGUCCAGAUACGCAAGUCUCGGACAGCGGAUGCACGACAGCGGAAACGCCAAAGCAAUAAUGCAGUGCUUUCUUCAACAAAGCAAGAACAUGAUAUUGUUCCGUUGACGAAUGCGUGGCUAAGCUUUCUGCAACAACCAGAUUUAGAACAUUUAAUUGCGCUCCAGAACCAGCUCGCCGUCGACGGACAAAGUGCCACGGUGUUCUUCCGAAAAGCCCUUGAGGACCAGAGCGGCGCAACGGCUCGAAGAUUUGUAAGAAGUCUCACUCAUAUUCUGCAAAGUGAUCCUCGGAGUGUGAAUCCGGCAAUCGGCGUUUUGCUAGAAAUUCAAGAAGUUACUUUGGUACCCACCACGCUGAGGGCCGCCGAUGCCUACUACGGAAGUCCUCCACUACAAUGGAGCGAUUUGAUGCUUGAGGAGGACGACCUAAUGCAGAAAUUGUUAUUGCAUUUUGGAGACUCCAGUGUUCCAACAAUUUUGACGACGAUUUUGCAGGAUUGUCCGCGUGCGGUUCGUACCCUCCGAUCUUCCUGGCCGCGUCUGGUGGAGGCCUUGCCGAUUACGGCCUCGUGUUGUGAAGCGCUGGUUCGACAAGAUGCCUCAACGCCGGCAAGCGAUUUCUUGCAGGUACUGACGACGUCCCAUAUUACCAACCUUCUUCGUCAUUCGGAUGAAUCUGUUUCGUUUGCGGGAGCGGCGUUGUUGGAAUGCUUGACGAGACGGGAAGAUGUGGCCGUGGAAGCGAUCAUGCGAGACGGCGCCUUGGUCUUGGCACUUGGGGAGAAAUUGCACUUCUCGGUCACUUGUGGCGUAAAAAACGUGCAUGGCAGAUCGCUUCUACACGUUUUCCUGCAAAUACUGGGCAAUAUUGCGGUCGCUUGUGAGGGCCACUACGUUCCCAUGUUGAUAUCAUUACAGCAUCAAACACAUUCGACCGUUUCUCUGGUUGCUUCUUUACAAGAGACAAUGCAGCAGCGGCUUAACGUCGAAGUGCUGUCGGUCGUCGGUUCCUGGUUGUGCGAUGCAGGCUUACCUUUCCAUCUAAGUACGACGGAGGGCGUAUCGUCUUUCAUUCCUACUCUAUUGGACAUUCUGACGGAUACGAACUUGAGUUAUUCUGGAACACCGUUGAUGGAGUGGCAGCGUGAAGCUGCGUGCGCACUACAAACAGCGUUGAGCCCACCACCUGUAGGGCCUCAGGCUCUGCAAGAUCCGGCCAUUGAAGUGACGUUGUCGAUGAUCGUCACCAGAUACUUGUGGCCUAACGAUGCCGAACGAAAGCGACAAAUCACGCAGGCGCUGGUGGAUCUUUUGGACAAGCCCGAUUGGGAUGCGGUGACUGCAUCUCUUCAAAUCCUGGAUCGUCUGUUGCGUGUGGUUCCGCAGUCACGUAUUGUAAUGGAAGAAUGCGGCGCGGUUCGCAAGUUGGAAGGGAUUCUGGAUCGGACGACGGAAGACUUGCUAGCCGUGGACUUGGCCGCUGAUUUACUCGACAUAUUUAUCGGCAGUGACGAAAGCGAUACGGAGGACGACGGAGUUGGGAUGAAUGCGGUAACACCAGGUUUGCGUAACGAUGCGUUUGUCUUUGGAAUGCCCACCAAUGCGAACGUUGGUGCCUUUGCCUUUGGGGAUGUACCGUCAGCAACGUCCGUGUCAGCCGGCCGUGGUCGAGGUCGCACCUUACCCGCAUGGAUGAAUAAUGAGCAUUGCCAAGAUGGAUAA